UCCAGAUUCCAGCAUCUGCAGUAUCUUGUGUCUCCCUUUUCAGGCCUGGUCUCUGUCAGUCCCGCCUUAGACUGAACCAGGCUCUUCUCUCCGGCUUCAUUGAUGUUCAGACCUGUUAAGUGUAUUUCUGAUCCCUCCCUGAUGUGGAAAUGGCCGCGUUACCUUCUCUCUGGACACUUGCAGCAAAAUAACAUUAAUUCCCUGAGACUGCAGCGUGUGUAGUGGACAAUCGCGGUACUGCAGGGGUUCAGCAGCUCCCCGAAAGUGAAAGGAAUGUGAAUCAGGAAGUGCGCAGAGUAAACAUGGCUUCGAAAGGCCAGGUCGAGAGUUGGACCGAGGACGCAAUUUGUCCCAUCUGCCUGGAUUUCUUCACCGAUCCGGUGUCACUGGAAUGUGGACAUAACUUCUGCCGCUCCUGUAUCACACGGCGUUGGGAAAAUGCGGAGAGAAACUCCUGCCCGGAAUGCAGAGAGGUGUUUGCGGACCGCACCCUCAGGGUAAAUCGGGCCUUAGAAAUUCUGUCUGAGAAAGCUCGAAAAACAAACCUGAAUCCGAUAAAGAGUGAAAGUAAACUGCACUGCGAGGAACAUCAGGAAGAACUGAAGCUGUUUUGUGAAACGGACAAGAAACUGAUCUGUGUGAUUUGUAGAGAUGAGCAGGAACACAGAGAGCACCUCUUUCUGCCGAUUAAAAAAGCUGUUGAAACCUACAAGGAUCGGGUUAAAUCUUCCUUCGAAUCUCUCACAAAAAAGAAAUCAGACUUGCAGAAAACGGAGCAACAACAGAAAGAGAAGAUCUCCGGAGUUCGGGAACAGUCCCAGAGCCUUCAGUCCCAUAUCACAUCCCAAUUUGCUGAACUGCACCAGAUUCUCACUGCGAAGGAGCAGCGCUUACUCAGAGAUCUCAGGGAAGAGGAGAGGGUUCUAAAUCCAAUGGAGAAGAAUCUUCGAGAGAUUCAAGGGAAUUUAAAUUCUAUUCAGAAGGAACUCUCAAAGUUACAGGAAUGGAUGGAUCAACAAGAUAAUGUGAUGUUUCUCAUGGAGGAAGCUCGUCGGAAGAGGAGGAUUAGUGAUGAUGACCAAGCGUUGUCCGUUACAGAUGGUGCCCGACUGGUUGAAAAAUUCGAUCACCCCUAUUUGCUGAACACGGUGUUGGGAAAAACGUUUGAUGCCAUUAAGCGAGUCUCUGUGAUCCUGGAUGUGGAAACGGCGCAUCGGUGGCUCGAUGUGUCUAAGGAUCGGAAGAGUGUGAGAUUGCCCCGGACCCGGGCGGAUCUCCCUGAAACCUGGAAGAGGUUCAACUCCGGGACUCGUGUGCUGGGAUCGGAGGGAUUCACAUCGGGGAGACAUUACUGGGAGGUGGAGGUGGCGGGGAAUCGGCGCUGGUGUCUGGGAGUCGCCGCAGAGUCUGUGGAGAGGGAGCGAUAUGUGCAAUUGCACCCGGAGACCGGAUUCUGGACCAUCGGGCGGUUUGGUGACGAGUUUUCUGUGAACACCUCCCCUCCAUCCCGUCUCCCUGGCGGUUCCAUCCCCGGGAGGGUGGGAGUUUAUCUCAGUUACGGGUCCGGGAUCGUUUCAUUUUACAGUGCGGACACCAAGUCCCAUCUCCACACCUUCACUGGGAAUAAAUUCACGGAGAAACUUUAUCCUUUCUUCGGGACUUGCGAUGGAAACUGGCUGAGAAUCUGCUCCGAUUCCGCUCCGGGCCUGUAACAGGGUCGUGUCCCGGGACCGGCGUCAGGAGGAAGUCAGUGUAAAUAUAAAUGUGGGGAGAGUGAAAUAAACACGAAUUGACAUUAGAACUGUCGACCCAUUAAUUUUAACGCGUUAACUGCAUCCGUCAGCUGAACAGAAAUACUUCUGUGAAAAUACAAAGAUUGAGCCGCGGGCGGCGGCUCCCCCGGGUCCUAAAGUCCAUUGGGUCAGUGAAAGUGGGAGUCGUCUGCUGGUCGUUGCUGGAGUAACAGCUAUUUGCCCUUGCUCCUACUCUUUCAGCCGGGUUUGAAAUCCUUCCUUCUCAAUCUCAAUAAUAAUUUUAAACGUGAUUUUACUUUACUAUGACGACAAGGAGUGCGAAAGCUAUGGAAACCACUAAGGAAGAUGAUCCUCCUGUAACUCUGGAAUCUAUUUUCCGAUUGCUUCGAAAUCACAUGGAUGAUUCUUCCGAGCAGCUUCGACAGCUUAAUUCCAAGUUUGAUUGUAUUCAAUAAACCUUAGAUGAUCAUGACGAACGAAUUAAAGUGAAUGAAGCGUCUCUCUCGAUUUUUGAUGGGAAAAUUGAUGACUUGGAGAUCCUUUGUAAAAAGCAAGCAAAAUCUAUUGAAAAAUUAAAGCAGAGAGAUUAUCGACAGAAAACAGAAGCAGAAGAAACAACCUUCGUAUUUUGGGUCUUAAAGAAGCAGUUGAAGGGAACCAGCCUACGGAAUUCUUUGCAAAUCUUGGCUCAAUUAUUUCCUACUAUAUUAAAAUCUCAGCCUAAGAUUGAUCGAGCACACAGAUCACCGUUGUACAAACUUCCUACUCAAGACAGACCCAGGUCAGUUAUCAUCUCACUCCGUGAUUUUCAAAUUAAGGAGCUUCUAAUUCGUGACUCCCGUCAAAGAGGAAUGAUUAAUUACCAAGAUUACAAGAUCAGAAUUGUUGAAGAUUACUCACCCGAGGUUAUGAAUGAACACAUUAAAUUUAAAAAGGUCAUGUUGGAACUUUAUCAUGAAGCCUUUAAGCCUUCUCUCUAUUACCCUGCAAGAUGUAGAAUUAUUCUGAAAAAUGGCUCGCAGAAAUGGCUUCGUUCGCCCGAAUAAGCUCAACAUUUUCUGGAAGAUGAGGAUUGAAUGAUCUUGUACUUUUUUCCAUGAACAUUUACUGUUUUUACUCUUGGUAACCCCUUACUCAUACUUUGAAUGUCUAUGUAUUUUGAUUUUUUGAUCUUUUUUUGAUAUGUUACUUUAAAUAUAUUCUUUGGAGAUUUUUUACUAACAAGAUUUAAUAAGGAUACAUGUUUUUUCACAAUUUUGUAACCACUUUUUUUUCAAUUCAUUGUUUUGACUGGGGUGGAAAUAACUAACCUUGAAACUUAGAGAGCAGAAUUGCUUAUGUUUAAUCUGUCUAUAGCAUUAGCUGUCGGGGGCCUAUUGGCCGGUUUUCUGUCUUUGGGUGGUGGGAGGGGGGCUGGUUUCUCUCUCUGGAAGCUGUUUUGGGCUCUCAGCCAAGUCUGUUGCUUAGUUACCUUAUCUGGAAGUCCACAGUUUGGUUUGAAUCUACAUUCCAGUAUGGUUUGUUCAUUAUCUUUUUUUUUACUUGCAUUUAAACAAUAUUAAAAUGGAUUCAGUUAUUAAUUUACUUAGUUUCAACGUGAAAGGGUUAAAUCACCCUGUGAAACAUAAUAAGAUUUUUGCCUAUAUUAAAAAAUUUAAGGCUCCUAUUAUCUUUCUACAAGAAACUCAUAUACGCAACUGUGAUAUCUCACACUUCUUUAGUCAAUGGAAAGGUUUGCAAUUUCAUUCCUCUUUCUGAGCUAAAUCUAGAGGAGUCUCAAUUUUUAUAGAUAAUACAGUUUCAUUUGAUCAACAUUAGGUAAUAAGUGAUACUAACAGUCGCUUUGAUAUGGUAUCAGGAAUAAUAGAUAAUAGAUUAAUGGUAUCUGCCAGUAUUUAUGCUCCAAACAUGGAUGACCCAGGAUUUUUUGAACGAUUUUUUGCACUUUUGCCAGAUUUGAAUCUUUAUUUCCUGGUUUAAUUGUUGGUUAGAUUCAAGAUUAGAUAAGUCAUCUACUAAACCAGCAGCUCUAAAUAAAUCAGCUUUAUUUUUCAAUCGUUUUUAAUGAAAUCUGGUGUCACUGAUGCUUGGCGUUUUUUACAUCAAGAAGAUAUGGAAUAUUCGUUUUUCUCUCACGUUCACCAUACAUAUUCCAGGAUUGACAAUUUUUUAUUGAUAAUCAAAUGAUUCCAUCAGUUCGAUUCAGUGAAUAUGAAGAGAUUGCUCUUUCAGAUCAUGCUCAUGUGUUUUUAUCUUUAAAUCUUCCUGGAUUCCCUCAAACAAACAGAUUUUGGCGUUUUAAUCUAACUUUGUUAUCUGAUAAAGACUUUUUAAAAUUUUUGGAGAAACAUAUUAUUCUUUUCUUUAAAGAGAAUACACCGGAAGAGACUUCUAGUCUUAUUAUAUGGGAUGCUUUUAAGGCUAUUAGAGGACAAAUUAUUCCUUAUACGGCAAGCAUUAAGAAAAAAGCUAACAGAGAGAGAGUUGAUUUAACUAAUCAGUUGAAACUGUGAAAGAUAGCUGGGAACGCAAGAGUUAACGACUGGCAGUGUGAGGGUUAAUAGUAUGCUUUUUAGUAUGGUUUUCACUGUGAAAGGAUUUUCAAGGUAAAGAAUGAUUUCAUUAUGGUGUGAUUUAGUUAUGUCUAGUUUUAAUAGCAGGUGCAAGUGGGAAGAAGUAGUUUUUUUUACCUAUAGCUUGUUCGAAACUUUAUGUAAACAAUUGCCUGUGUUAGAGUAGUUUCUUACCUAACGUCCCCAUGAAAAAGGGUAUAAAAAUACGCUGUGGCCAAGCCUUCUUUGAGUGGGUCUCGGUAUAGAGUUAGAGUUAUAUGGUUUACACCGUCUAUUUUCCCACUCCCGCUAGCGAAAGCUAAUAAAGCAUUUAUCGUAA